AAAACGAUAAAUCCGAUUCUGUUAAAUGAUUUUCUCUUCGUAACUAACUCCCUUUUCCUCCUCAAAUACGGAGCAAAGUUGCCGGCGUUCAUGAAACCAUGAAGAAUGACAAUCAAACACUGGUUUCCGAUCAGAUUCGGAGACCCAGAAGACCCAAAUCUCGUGAGGUAAGUUCCCGAUUUCUCUCGCCGGCCUCUGCAACUGACACCACCACCGCUCCGUCGUCGUCGUCUCCCACUCAACCUCUUUCCCCCACUCAUCGGAGAUCAAGAGGGGGUUCAUUCGAUGCUCGUAAGCACCGAAGCCAAGAAGGGUCCUUAUUCGUUCAUGGACUUUGGCCUUCUUCCUCCUCUACUUCUAAGAGAUUCGAUACUCUGGCUGAUCAUCUUGGAAAUGAACGAUUGGAGGACGAGAAAUUCACUGGCAAUCCGUCACUCAAUAAACAGAGAAGUUCCAGAGAGUUGAGUAAUCUCGAACCGGAAAAUGAAUGCGCCAAAGAAAACGAUAGACCCAUUAUUGGGGGUUCUUUGAGAUAUUGCGGGAAAAUACAGGGGAAGAACGUAAGCUCUUUGUCUUCGAAAUUACCAGUACAGAGUUUGGAAUCUGGGAGACUGUCAGUGGAUGAGAAUGCUCUGUUUGGAAGGUCAUCAAGAAGACGAUCAGACAAUUUCAAGAACAGUUUCGACUUAGAAUCCGAUUACAACGACAUUGGGUCUCCGAUGAUGCUGGAAAAAACGCCGACUGUAAUCUGCCGGAAAUCGGGUCUAAUAGUCCCUUCCAAGUAUAUGAAUGAUGUACCAUCACGAAGGCUUCGAAGGGGGUCUUCAGAUUCAAGCCUCCCAACUCCUGUUUCAUUCGAGGGUUCUCCAACGGCAAAGAAAACUUCGGGAAAAAACCCAUUUCAACGAGCUAAUUCAAUUUCGGGACAUGGGAAUUCAAUGUCGCAGUGGGCGUUAUCGCCUGGACGGUCAGGUUCGCCGCCGAUGUCGGUGGAGAGCAAAGAAAAACCGAUGUCGUUUUCUAGUUUAAAACCUGCAAGAACCCCAUCAAAAGGCGCAACGGGUAUGGAGAAGUUGCUUAACUUGGGAUUGGAUUUGUUCAAGAGCAGAAAAUUUUCGAUUUCUACCACAACAACAUCUCCUAUAGGGCCUGCAGUUUCAGAUAAUGUUCAUCAGCUUAGAAUGUUUCAUAAUCGAUUGGUACAGUGGCGUUUUGCCAACGCUAAAGCUCAUUCUGCUAGUGAAAACUUGGCUAAUUUAGUAGAGAAAAAUUUGGCUAGUGCUUGGCAUGAUAUUGCUAAAUUGCAGCAUUCAGUGCAACAAAAGAAGUUGCAGCUCCAGAAAGAAAAACUCCAAUUCAAGUCGAACUUAAUUCUCCUUUCUCAACUGAAGCCAUUAGAAAGCUGGGGAACUAUGGAAAGACAACAUUUAACUGCACUUUCAAUGACCAAAGAUUGUUUACAUUCUGUUAUCUGCAGGGUGCCACUCAUUGAAGGUGCAAAGAUUGAUGCUCAAACAAUCUCCAUGGCAUUCAGACAAGCUUCUGAUGUUGCAAUCUCUAUGAAGUCCAUGAUGACUAUAUAUGCGCCAGUGGCCACGGAAACUGCUUCUUUGCUUUCAGAAUUAGCAAGAGUGGUCAUACAAGAGAGAUUGCUUUUAGAGGAGGUACUUGAACUCCAAAAAACCAUAUCAGCACUAGAGAUGGAAGAAAUGAGUUUGAAAGGUGCUAUAAUUCAAAUGAAAACAAGGCAACAUCAUUUGCAGCUGCAAGAACAAAAUGAAGAAGCUUCCAUUACAUGA